ACCCCGAAUCCACCUCCCUCGCUCCACCCCUGGAUCUUUUGAUGGAGAGCGCAACCCCACCGCGAGCAGAGGAGCAGCGGGGCUCCCUGGAUCGGGCAGCCCGGCAGCAAAAUGCCUCCUCGUGGUCAAAAUUCGGACACCUGGCACAACUGACUCAUAUUUAUGAUGGUUUCAGCAUCCUGGGGUCACGUGAUCCCCUUUUGCGACUUUCUGAGAAGUAGGAAGCCAGAUUCACUUAACAACCGUCUGAUAGUUGAAAAGACAGCCGACCAGCCUGCUCCCGAAUACUCCCUGGUAGAAGAUGCCACCCUCCACUCCACGUGUUUGAUGGACAGGCUGAACGAGCAGCGCCUCUUCCAGCCCGACCUGUGUGACGUGGACAUUGUCCUGGUGCAGCAAAAGUCCGUCUUCCCAGCCCACAAGGGGGUCCUGGCAGCCUACAGCCAGUUUUUCCACUCUCUCUUCACCCAGAACAAGCAGCUCCAGAAGGUAGAGCUAACUCUGGAGGCCUUGACUUCCCUUGGUCUUCAACAGAUUUUGAACUUCAUCUACACCUCGAAGCUCUUAGUCAACGCCGACAACGUUCAGGAUGUCCUGAAUGCGGCCUCGGUCUUGCAGAUGACCGACAUCGCUUCCUCCUGUCAGGAACUCCUCGCCACGCGAGCUCUCAGCUUGGCCAUGACCAACAAUAUGGCAUUGACUUCGGACAACUCUAGCAAAGCCAUCCCACCACCUCAGUUCUUCUGUGAGAUCAAGCAAGAGGUGGACCCUCCACAUCCUAAGAUCUUCGCCCGAGAAGGGAACAUCCCAUAUUCUGUGCAGGUAGAGGAUGGCAACCAGAACCAGCCUACCGUGGCCAACAAGACGUUCUACAAGGAAGAUAAACAUGGUGGUCCACCUGUCUGCAAGAUGGAAGGGGACGCGUCUGAGGCUCCUCUGGGCAACCGAGGUUCCUACAGCCGUGGUGAGCAGAUCAUUGUGGAGGUCAACCUUAACAACCAGACCCUCAACGUCUCUAAAGGUGCAGAGGGACAGCCUUCCGUGGCCAACCAAGUGGCUUCAGAAGCUGGACGGACAGAAGGAGAACAACAUUCCUCAGGGGUGGAUCGAGAACAAGAAAAUGGCAGUAAGCAAGAUGAAGUUGACGAUGCAGAUAUGGAUGAUGAGGAUGAGCGCUCGGAAGAGGAGGACCUGGAAGAGGAGGACACCUCAGAAGAGGAAGAAGAAGAGGAGGAUGAGGAUGAAGAAGAAGAAGAGGAGGAUGAGGAAGAGGAGGACAGAGGGGACAACGACAGCAAUGUGGCCGAGAUUAGAGGGGAGAAGACCAGAGCCCUUCAGAGGACUAGGCCGCUUGCCAAGGCCACCAACUCAUCCACGUCCCUCAGAACGGGUGAAGUUGCCACCAUGAUGGAAGGAGAAGGAGAAGAGGAGGAGGAGGAGGAGGAGGGACAAGAUGAAGACGAAGUCGCUGAGGAGGACGAUGGGGAUCAGAAAGCCAAGAGGCAGAAGAAGGAACAGGAUCCUCCUGGCCAGAAGGUCAAGCUGGAGGAGAAGCAACAUUACCCGUGUAAGAAGUGUCCACGAGUGUUCAACAACCGCUGGUACCUGGAGAAGCACAUGAAUGUCACGCACACACGCAUGCAGAUUUGCGAGAAGUGUGGCAAGAGGUUCCUGCUGGAGAGUGAGCUGCUCUUGCACCAUCAGACGGACUGUGAGAAGAACAUUCAGUGCAUUACUUGUGGGAAGGUUUUUAAGAAGCUCUGGUCGCUCCAUGAGCACAACAAAAUUGUCCACAGUUACGCCGAGAAGAAAUUCUCCUGUGAGAUCUGCGAGAAGAGGUUUUACACCAUGGCACACGUGCGGAAACACAUGGUUGCUCACACCAAGGAUAUGCCGUUCACCUGCGAGACGUGUGGGAAGUCCUUCAAGCGAAGCAUGUCUCUGAAAGUCCACUCUCUCCAGCACUCGGGCGAGAAGCCGUUCAAAUGUGAGAAUUGCAAUGAGCGAUUCCAGUACAAAUACCAGCUGCGUUCGCACAUGAGUAUCCACAUUGGACACAAACAGUUCAUGUGCCAGUGGUGUGGGAAGGACUUCAACAUGAAGCAGUAUUUUGACGAGCACAUGAAAACGCACACAGGUGAGAAACCAUACAUUUGUGAGAUCUGUGGGAAGAGCUUCACCAGUCGCCCCAACAUGAAACGCCACCGACGGACGCACACGGGUGAGAAGCCCUACCCUUGUGACAUCUGCGGUCAACGCUUCCGGUUCUCCAACAUGCUCAAGGCUCACAAGGAGAAGUGUUUCCGGGUCAGCAAUCCAACAGGUGCAGUUCCCAACCGAGAUACAAACUCUCUUGGUCUCCUCGUUUCUCCAAACGCCAACUCAACUCUUUUGACCACCGGCGUUCCUCUCCAUUCGUCCUCUCCUUCCCAGGCACUUCCUUUGCCGCUUGGACAUCCUCAUGCACACCCCAUGCCUCCUCCUCCUCUCCUACCCCCAACACCAGCUCUCUUCCCUGGUAGCAGAGUGAACAUGGACAACUAGACCCUGUUCAACCUCUGGUGUGUCAAACUUGGCUCGUAAUUCUGAAGAUAUCUCCGAUGCCGUUGACUGUUAUGGGUUUGUGGUUAGCGGGCAUCACGUUUGGGUUUUAGUUUGAGGGACCUGAAGUUCUUGGUUCUUCAAUAGGAGCAUCUAGAACCUUGAGAUCAUGGUUGCUACUCAAGCCACAGAGAUAACAUUGUUGAUCUGUUUGCUCAACGAAGGAGGCAGACUAGUUUUGCUUGACCUGCUCUUCUUAGAUGUGUUGGACUUCAGCUCCUACAUCUGAAUGGAUGGCGUAGAAGAAACAAAAGAUGUUAUUUAUUGACUCUGAAGAUCUUGAGAAGAUGAUAGAGCUUGCAAGGUAGAAAGACACAGGCAACGACUUUCCGAACCUAUCUGGUCAGAUAUGGGUUUGGAGGAGUCCGAAGCAGAUGGGUUUCUCUUGGAGGUUGAAAUGGAAGAUGCCUUCACUCAAGGCAAGAAGGUUGGAAGGGAGCACUCCAGUUUUUCAUGGUCCUCUGAAUGGGAAUGGAGAAAUAUGGAAACCUUGCUCCAUGGAAGUCCCAAAGGUGCUUUUUUUCAGGAGGUGACUGGACUUUUCUUGUUUUUCCUUUGAAAAAGUUUCGCUUAUCAUCCAAGAAGCUUCUUCAGCUCUAACUGGAUAGUGGGGUAUGGAAGGAUGUAUAUUCCCUUUACUCUGUGGAACUGAAAGGAAACGGCAAGAUGUGGGCGGCAAAAUUGUCCUUGGUGUGAGAAAGUGGAUCAUUGAGUUUGUCACCUUGUAGCACCUUCUUCCAAGGUCAGCUUCUCAUUCAUUCACUCUGUCGUUCUUGCCUAUCCUUUAUUACAACUGUCCAUUUCUCAGCUUCUGUAGCUUGAAGCUCAGGUGGCCUUCUCUGAAGAUGAUAACGCUAGAGAUGAAGCUCUCCCCUUACUAAUAGUCCCUUGAAAACAGUAGAACUGCAGGACCCUUUUCCUUGAUUACCAUCAAGGCUUAAAUCCAGCAUCUUUACAUAUUAUGGAAUUCUCAUGCAGCCUAGACACCAUAACUAAGUCUACAAGUCCUUGAUUUUUACUCUACGCCUACUAUUCCUAAGGAGAAUGCACUUCCUGAGGAACUUCUUCUAAAACCAACAUUCUCUUCUUCACAAAGCUCUUUGGAGGAAGACAUUGAGCCUUUAAGGACAUUUUUAACAUGAAGCGUUGGUUCUUUUAACUUUUUUUGCACUUUAUCUAAUCCUAAGAGCUCUUUCGCAAUAGGACCUUUAUGAAUUCUUCCAGAGGAGCAGAACUUGGGGGCGUCAUUGCCUGAGUCGUCUUUCACUUCCAAGGCAAAGACCCCCAAGUCAAAAUGGGCCAUGUUUCAAAGAUUGACCCAUUCUGUUGUCGAGAUGCACACCAAGGGUGUUUCACAGGAGAAAGGUGUUCCUUGAAUCGAUAUUUGCAUCUUUGGCAAAGUUUGGUGGAUCUUGUUUGACUAGAAGAUCCAGGAUUUUUGAUUGUUGGUUUGUACGUCCAUACGAGCAGGGCUGGCCCCUUGGAACCACCACAAUGCACAAAUGGAUGAGGGAAAGGCUGUGGAGUCAGCAAAUGUGCAAUAACAAUGAACUGGUGAACAAAA